AUGCCUGAGGCACCUAGUCGUGCCUUAGGCAUCUAUCCGAACUGGGUUUCUACCUUUGUCAACUGCAAUGAGGAGCUUAAAACACAAUAUUCGCGACGAUAUAACUACCAGCAUGCCAAAUGUGAGGAUCCAAAGGUUAUCAGCGAAUGGUUUGACUGUGUACAAAGCACUAUUCAACAAUAUGGAAUCCUUAUUGAGGAUAUCUACAAAUUUGAUGAGACAGGCUUUGCAAUGGGCUUAAUUGCUACUGCAAGGGGAAGACUUAUCUCCAGGCCUGGUAUGAGACAGGCUUACCACACGACUGGAGAAUUGAGAAAAGUCCUAAUGGGUGGACUACAGACGAGAUUGGUAUAUCAUGGCUUCAAAAUCACUUCAUCCCACAUACAAAUGCUCGGACAAAGGGUAAAAUAUCGACUAUUGGUCCUUGAUGGGCAUCGCAGCCAUCUAACGCCUCAAUUCGAUCGCAUCUGUGCCCAGAAUAAUAUUAUACCAAUCUGUAUGCCUCCUCACUCGUCUCAUCUCCUGCAGCCUCUCGAUGUUAGCUGUUUUGCGGUUCUAAAGCGUGCAUAUGUUCGCCUUAUGGGAAAUAAUAUGCUGCUUGGAAUCAAUCAUAUCGACAAGCUAGAUUUCCUCGAAGCAUACCCAAAAGCUCAUACGGAAGCCUUUAAAUCAGAAAAUAUCAAAAAUGGCUUCGCAGCGACUGGAUUAGUGCCAUUUCAACCAGAUCGGGUCCUUCAACAGCUCAAUAUACAGCUUAAGACCCCUACACCACCUGGAAGCCGUGCCGGCACUAUCCCAACCAACUGGGUACCAGAGACGCCUCAUAAUAUUGUUGAUUACAGCAUCAAGCAGCUACGAUCAAGGCCUCCUCCGAGCCCUACAGAUGCAGCUUUAAAUCAGCUUAUCAAGGGCUGUCAAUUAGCCAUGAAUAAGUGCUGUCAUUCUUGCAAAGGAAAAUCACGAUCUACGGGCUGCAAAUGA